UGUAUUAUUAUUACAGUAUUGUAUUUCCACUUUAAUUUCAAGAGAAACGAUCGAAAUCAUAUUCUAUCUCUAAGAAUUUGUUAAUUAAGAAAAUAAACUUCAAGAUGCUCGUAUCUUAUUGGUGUUUCAACAUCUAAUUUAAUAGUGAUUUGUCGAGCUAAGAGGUUAUGUUCAGAUAUGUUGAAUCACGUAGGUUGGCAACUGCAGGUAGCAGGAACAUUAUCCACCUAACGUGCUACCUAACUACCUAACCACCUAAACAUCGAAAAUUUCACGUGAGAACUAAAAUCGUUGACAGAUAGAAGCGCCUCUGCCCACGUAAUUAAGAAACUCGAACUCGCGGAUCGAUUUUCCGUACAACAACAAGAUCCUUAGUGUGCUGUCGCUGUCAGUUCCAUUUGGUCCUGUCAGCUGGUGAAGAAGAGGAACGGUCAAAAUGUCGCUCUCCGAAAAAAUAAUGACGAUCAUGCAGAGGCCAGGACAAGACCCUGUUGCCAAGGACGAUGUAGCUUGGUGGAUGAAAUAUGCUGGACGAGGACUCGGUACUGUGGGAAGUUUAAUUGCUAUUUUUCUUGGAGCAUGGAAUUGUGUAAUGAUACUCUUUGGUUCUGUAAGUUGCCUAAUUAGUGGCGUGUGGCAGAUGAUGGCUGGUUUUAUAGUUGUAAUGAUAGAGGCACCGUGUUGCUGUCUAUUCAUUGAUUUUGUACAAAACUUAAGCGAUUGGGUGGAAAAGAGACCGUAUUGGAAUAGAGCAGCAGCAUAUUGUUUAAUGGCAGUCCCACCAGUCUUCCUUUGUACAGGGGUGAAUAGUAUAUUCGGCGGUGGCCUAAUAUUUGCAACAGGUGUAAUAUAUGGAUUGAUGUCGCUUGGUCGAAAGGCACCUCUUAGUGAAAUGAGAUCAUCAGCGACAACCAUUGAGGUUCCUUCAUCGAGUAUGCAGGCCACUCUUGUUGAAAAUGCUCAACCAAUCGAUUUUUCCAGUAAACCCGAUAGUAAUGUUUGACUUCUAAGAGCUAAUUGGCGAAAGUCUAUCAUUGUGUAUGAAUGAUGAUGAAUGUUGACUUGGUCGAACAAUGAUCAGCCAAGCCCAUGAACAUUCAUUAUUGCAAUAAAUCAUUUAUUUAUUUUUUAAUAAUAGUAUAAAAAUUGUAUUGCAUAAAAAUGGAAUUGGUACUAUUUAUUAUGUAAGUUGUUUGUAUUAUUUGUGUCAGGGUUUGAAUGAAAUGUUAGUCAAUUGUUUUUGUUAUGUUAAAGAAAUAUUAGUUACAGUAAGUUUGUUUCGUCAUACAUACUGUCUGAUACACUUCCAGUUCAAAACUUUGGUAUUAAUAACAAGAAUACAUUGCAUCAUUAUAAAUUACAUAUCGUUUGCUCACAUAAAUGCAUGCACUCAUAAAUGUAUACUGAGAAAAAUCAGGUUUCGAUCUCCUGUUUCAAAUAAUGCCAAAGUUAAAGACUGCUACACACAAAUCAUAUUCUAAACUUAUAUUCAUGGGCUUGGUUUCCAUGUGGUCCUACUACUUGUAACGCGUGUCAUACCAGCAUGAUCUAAGAACGAAAUUCGUGAUGAAUACAAUUAAUUAACUAACCGA